AUGUCGCUUUCAAUCAUGCCCACCGAGGUUCUUCUCUUGGUCUUCGAUCUUCUUGAUUUCGAGGACCUAGUGAGCCUCCUACCAACAUGCAAGCAUAUUCGCCAAGUGGCAUUUUACUCUCUAUCAAGAAUAAUCGACGAGAAGACGGUGAAAACCAUUUCAGAAUUCCAAGAAUUGCACGCUGAGGGGGGCGCAACUGUACCAAUAGAGGACCUGGAGGUUCUUCGAAGCUCCGAAUACGAUAGAUCGCGGGGCUUACAUAUUGAGUUUACAGUCGUCGAUGGGGAUAAUCAAAAGAAAACGGAAACAUCGGCCUAUGAUAUAAGUCACUUCUUGGACCUCAUAAAUAUUGCAAUUAAAUCCGGAAAGAUGGAUAUUUUGAAUGCAGAACUAUAUAUCAGUAAGCCUGUUUCCGAAGACGUGCUAUUUUCUAAACUCUUUAUCGCUCUCAAACAUUAUUCACUUACUCGUUCUCCUCUCGAAUUCUCAAUUACUUCUCUAUCGAGUCGCAUGAGCCCAGCAAAUAUGACACGGUUUUUCGAUACAAGUAAAUUAACGAAGCUCGCCAUAUUCUUUGGGAAAAGUUAUAAGGAUUGGUGGGCGUAUUGGUCACCCGGGGGUACAAUAUCUGAUGAAAUAAAGGACUUCCAAGAACUAUUAAAACGAACGAGCAACUUGGAACAACUCGAGAUUUUGUCAAGUGGACCGAUAGGUCUCGGUUUUGAGCUUACACCGUCUGAAGAUACGAUUCAACAUUCCGAAUUAGAAGGGUUGGGAGAAGCCUUUUCAAACUUGAAAAAAUUGCACACUAUGAGACUAGAUACCUUUUUGUUUUCUUCCUCCUUUUUCAUCCCAAUACCGGAAAAUGUGAAAACACUUACACUCGCUCACGUCGCUCACUACCCAAGACAAUGGUGGGAUGAGUUCGCGAAACAUCCAUUCAAAAAUUUGGAGAGUUUAAAGUUGAGUCUCUGUGGAACUCGAGAGUGUUUCGAACAAGGUGGCCUGGGGACUCAUUUAACCCCAACCUGGCCAUCCGAGGGGGUUAAGGGCCAUAUACUUGGCGAUGUGGAGGUUCGAGGAUUAAAGGACUUUUAUUGCGACGAGGCGCAGAUACCAUACCUCCCGUCGGAUUUAAUACCUUGUCUACUUAAACGGAAUCCGGGCCUUCAAGAGUACUCCAAAAGGCAUUCUGCUAAGCAGUACAGCGCAAUGUUGUUACAAAAGUGUAAAGAGGAACUGAUGCAAGCGAUGGCGUGUAGAAUGUUUGAAUUGGAAGUUCAAAGUGAGAUGGAAAAAAAGUUUCUGGAAAAUGGCCCCGAGGAGGAUGACUUGAAAGAAUGCGCUCUGGGUUAUUUAUCGAGGUUUUCGAGUUUCCUUACGAAUCCGCCUGUGGUCCUGUCCCCGGGUCCAAUUAACUCCACGGAGCCGGAGUCGAAAUCUGUUGAACUGGGAACUAAGCAAUUAGAAGACCCCGCAGAACCUUAUUCCGAUAAAGCUCGUUAUUCCGAUAAAGCUGGCUAUGAUGAUAAUGACGACGAUUUUCUAGCGGCUCUUUCGAGAUACGAAGUGCGUGACGUAUCCAAGUGA